GGGUCCCUACAAUACAUGUGAGGAGAGAGAGAGCCCUGGAAGAUGCUUUCCAGCACCUUCGACAAAGUGGGCACAACUUCACAAUGCCUUUGAAGGUGAAGUUUCAAGCAGAGGAUGGUGUGGAUGAAGGUGGUGUUUCACGGGAAUUCUUCAGCCUCCUGGGGAGGGAACUUCUCACAAUGGAACCAAAGACACUGGAGGUUUACGAGGAUUCUGGACUUGCGUGGCUCACAACAGAUGGCGGCGGUAUUACUGAUGAAUUCUACUUGCUUGGGCUGCUCUGUGGGAAGGCACUGUAUAAUCAGUGUGUUCUGAACCUCUGCUUUCCUCUGGCUCUCUUCAAGAAGCUUCUGGGUCUGACUACAACAUUGGAUGACCUUAAAGAGCUGUCUCCAACUGAAGCAAGGUACAAUUAUUCUGCUGAACAAGCUAUACAGGUUACUGCCAAAAUAAAGGAAACACCAACAUAAAGUGACUUAAAGUUC